GUAAGCCCCCGUCGCUAUUCUCCCGAAGAUCCGCGGAGAGUGGUGACUUUCGGUCGUCCGACGGGCCACCGUCUCAUUUCACUUUGCGUUACCGGCAAAUCACCGUUAAACCUGGCUACGUAAUACGCGUUUAUUACUUGGCCGGAUUUCUUUACUACGGUAGAUGCUACUGUAAGGACUUGGCACGAAACAGGACAUCCGAAAAAUGCAGCAGCAAUCAGUAAUGGAAGAGGGAACGGCCUACGAGCCACCUACUUACGACGAGACAUUCCCUGUCCUCCCUGAAUCAUCUAGCUCCAACUCUGGACAGUUAAACAUAUUUUCUCUAACCAACAACUUACAACUUAGUCGUAUUACUAUUACACAGAUGUUCCGUGUACCGGGGGAAGAACGCAAGUUUGAUCAUAGUGAUAAAUUUGGUGAACGUGAAUCCAUUCGUACGUGUAAAACCAUUAUGAAAGAGACGAAUACUAUUAUCGAAAUUGCAUCAUCUAAGGAUCAGUCUCUGACAUUUCUUAUAACUGGAAAGCAAAAUCAGGUUUUAGAAGCCAAACGGCGCAUUUUAACAACGUUUCAAACUCAGGCAAGUAAGCAGAUUAGUAUUCCUAAGGAUCAUCAUCGUUGGAUUCUUGGAAAGCAAGGGCAGAGAUUAAAAGAUCUUGAGCAGAAGACUGCUACAAAAAUUAACGUACCUAGUGUGCAAGAUCAAUCAGAUAUAAUAACAAUUACUGGGACAAAGGAGGGCAUUGAAAAGGCCGAACACGAAAUUAGAGUUAUUUCUGAUGAACAGUCUAGGAAAGCUUUCGAAAGGAUAACUGUGCCAAAAAUAUAUCAUCCGUUUAUAUAUGGUGCGCAUAACGAAAAUCUUAAUGCUAUGAUGGCAGAAACUGGUGCUCGCAUUAAUAUUCCUCCUGCAUCGGUACAGCAGGAUGAAAUAACCAUUGCUGGUGAGAAGGAAGGAGUUUUGGCUGCAAAGCAGAAGAUUGAGAUCAUCUACAAGGAUAUGGCAAAGAGAUGUACUACCGUAUCCGUAGAGGUUCCCAAAUCUCAGCAUAAGUAUGUAAUUGGGCCUCGUGGUAGCACCAUAGCAGAAAUAUUACAAACAACUGGGGUGAGCGUAGAAAUGCCCGCACCUGACUCGGCGACUGGUACCAUAACUCUUAGAGGACCUCAAGAGAAGCUCGGUCAGGCACUCAACAAAGUGUACGAGAAGGCAAAUAGUGUUCGCACUGCUGUGGUGGAAGCUCCAGUGUGGAUACAUAAAUACAUCAUUGGACGCAAAGGUGUAAAUAUCAAGAAGAUUACUCAAGAAAUGCCAAAAGUAAAUGUAGAAUUUACUGGAAAAGAAGAUAAGAUCAAGAUAGAAGGGCCGCCGGAGGAAGUAGAAAAAGCACAAGCCGAGUUACAGCUUAUGGCCAACGAUCUUAUAGCAAAACUCACUUUCGCAGAAUUAAAUGUCGACCCCAGAUUCUACAAGCAUAUCAUUGGGAAGAAUGGUUGUAAUGUGAAUCGUGUUAAGGAAGGAACGGGUGUAGUGAUUAGCAUUUCUGAAACUGAUGGCAGUAACGUUAUUCGUAUUGAAGGCAAUCUUGCUGGGGUGUUAAAAGCUCAAACGGAACUUGUAGAAAUGGUGAAAAAGUUAGAAAAUGAGAAAGAAAAAGAUGUGAUUAUAGAUCACAGAUAUUACCGUAACAUAAUUGGUAACAAAGGAGAUAAUAUCAAAGAGAUUAGAGAUAAAUUUAAUCAAGUACAAAUUACCAUACCUGGACCAGGCGAAAAAGGAGAUAUAGUGAAGAUUAGAGGACCUAAAGAAGACGUAGAUAAGUGCCAUAAACAUCUAAUGAAGUUGGUGAAAGAACUGAACGAAAGCAAUCAUGUAUUGGAAGUACCUAUUUUUAAACAGUUUCAUAAGUUUGUUAUUGGAAAAGGUGGUGUUAACAUCCGUAAGAUUAGGGAAGAGACGCAAACCAAAAUCGAUUUGCCUGCAGAAGGCGAGAAGAGCGAUGUUAUAACUAUCACCGGGAAAAAGGAAAAUGUGGAGAGAGCUAAAGAAAUGAUACAAAAGAUUCAAAAUGAAUUGGCUAACAUUGUCACCGACGAGAUCACUAUUCCACCAAAGUUUUACAAUUCUCUCAUUGGUACUGGAGGCAAAUUGAUACAUUCUAUUAUGGAAGAUUGCGGAGGUGUCACGAUCAAAUUCCCUACGGCAGAAAGUAAAAGUGACAAGGUCACUAUCAGAGGUCCAAAGGACGACGUGGAGAAAGCGAAAGCGCAGCUUUUAGAACUGAGCAAUGAAAAGCAAUUGUCUAGUUUCUCGGCUGAAGUGCGUGCCAAAGUUCAACAUCAUAAAUUCCUAAUUGGAAAGAAUGGUGCCAACAUCAAGAAGCUAAGAGAGUCCACGGGUGCACGAAUCAUGUUCCCGACGGAGGAAGAUCAAGAUAAGGAAGUGAUUACAAUUAUGGGCAAGAAGGAAUCGGUUGAGAAGGCUAAGGCCGACUUGGAAGCUAUGAUUAAAGAGAUUGACAAUAUUAUCGAGGGCGAGAUUCGUAUUGAUCCUAAACAUCAUCGACAUUUCGUGGCGCGAAGAGGCGGUGUGCUACACCGAAUUGCCGACGAGUGCGGCGGUGUGCAGAUUUCAUUCCCGCGGGCUGGCGUCGACAGCGACCGCGUUAGUUUGAAGGGCUCGCACGAAUGCAUAGAAGCGGCGAAGCAACGAAUGCGAGAAAUCGUUCAAGAACUGGAAUCUAUGGUAACGGUGGAAUGCAUAAUAUCUCAGAGACACCACCGUACGGUGAUGGGUGCAAAGGGUCGCAAAGUGCAAAGCAUAACAUCCGAAUUUGAUGUGCAAAUUAAAUUCCCUGAUCGCGAUGUUUACGAUGAGCAAAAGGUAUCGGAACAAGUUAACGGUGAAAAUGGAGAAGGUGGGGAAACUGUCCCAGCUUGCGAUAUAAUUCGUAUUACCGGACAACCUGAGAACGUUGCUGCCGCUAAACAAGCUUUACUUGAUCUCGUCCCUAUCACGAUUCAAGUUGAUGUCCCGUUCGAUUUCCACCGUUCGAUAAUUGGCCAGAAGGGUAAAGAUGUACGCGAAUUAAUGAAUACACAUGAUGUACACAUCAUGCUUUCCCCAGCGGAGGAAAAGUUGGAUUAUAUUAAAAUUUCUGGAACACCGUCCUGCGUUCAAAGUGCCAAGGAAGCUAUCCUUGAGAAGUGCGAGGCUUUGAAAGCCGAACGAAAGGAUCGAGAGUUAAAAUCUUUUGAACUAAAGAUUGAAGUUGAUCCGGAAUAUCACCCAAAAAUUAUUGGGCGAAAAGGAGCGGUGAUCACGAAAAUACGUAGUGAUCACGACGUUCAAAUUAUCUUCCCGCGCAAGGGUGAUCCCGAGGAACAUAUUAUUACAAUAACGGGAUAUGAGAAGAAUGCAAACAGUGCGCGGGAUGAUAUCAUGAAGAUCGUCAACGAAUUGAACGGUUUGACGAAAGAGGAAGUGACUAUAGAUGCCGCAGUUCAUUCGCGUUUGAUCGGUGCGAAAGGUCGAAACAUCCGCAAAAUAAUGGAUGAAUUUAAAGUCGACAUAAAGUUUCCGAGGAAAACCGAUGCUGAUCCCAAUAUCGUAAUGAUUUUGGGAGCGGAAGAGAACGUGAACGAUGCGAGGGAGCGUUUGCUGAAUCUGGAGGAGGAAUACUUGCAGGAUGUGAGAGACAAUGAGUAUCGUGAGAGUUUGCGCUCGCCUCAACGCGACGACGGCAGUAGCCUCGGUGGCAACGAUAAUGAUUCCGGCUUCAUCGUGAAGGGAGGACCGUGGGAGCAGCAACAGCAGCAGCAGCAGCAGCCUCAGAGCGCGCCGAAUACCGCCAGCGUGGAAGAAUUUCCGCAGUUCGCAGGUUACUCUCACGUACCCGUUGCAACUCCGGACGGCCCUUGGGGAAUUAAGCGUUAAAAUAUAAAUCCCCAAAAAAAACAUUCAAACUAAGGAAAAAAAAAUCGAUGGAACCUAAUAAGCUAAUGAUAUAAGGUAAAACUUUCCUCUGACAAACGGUAUAUAAAACACUACAUAUGAGCGUAAACGCAUGUACACGUAACACACACAUAUAUAUAUAUACACACACAUUCACGUACACGAAACACAAUUCAUACACUUGCAUAUGCACUUGUGUUGGGUGGUUCCCUGUUCCAUUACUGACGUUGUUGCUGCAUACGACCUGGCCGUUCUAUUGGACUCUGACACUGAUUUACUACACACAACGUUCGACGACGCGAUGUUUAUAUUUACAAUUCAUAAUACCGAUGUCCUAUGUAUCUGUAACUGUAAUGCAUGUUGUCCCGAGUCCGUCGCCCAUGUCACUCGGUCCAGUAUCGGACGUACACACACACACGCGUACGUACGUCCACGUGCACGAUUCAAUCUCGUGGCUUUCAUUUUUAAUAUGAUAUGCUUUCCAGGUACAGAUAUGUUGUACUUAAGACUGUGGCUUCGUGGGAAAUAAUCGGGUCAGCGUUCCGCGGGAGGGGGCUGAGUCCACAGAAAUUGCAAAGCAGCAUUCUGUGGUAUUUUCUACCCUACGGAAACGCAAUUUGUCUGUGAAUGCAAUUCUACGAUUAGGAAACAAAUAUUUUUGUGUACAUCAGCCUUUUCCCGCGGAAGCUGGCCGAUUUAUUCGUGUAUUAUAUUAAUUUCACAGAUAAUCUUUGUAUCGCGUAAGACUGCGUAACAGUCAUACGUUUUUUCGUUGAUCUUAGCAUAAUAAUUUGUUAAUUUAUUUAUAUCUUUUUUUUGUACAUAUAUCACAUUUUCUCGUUGUUUUGUGCCACUCAAGUGAAAGUGGUUUUCUAAACUACAUCACGAUUGUUGAAAUUUGUAUUGUAAAAUUUUCACGAAUCAAAAGAGAAAAUGUAGGGGCUUUCUAAGGAAAAAAUUUGUUCCUUAGGGAUUACGCAUUUUUUUUUAUUACAUUAAUUAGUUGACUACCAACUCGACUUACAUCUCCGCGAUUUUUAAUGUCGACGCAUCGAAUGCGUCGAUACAUACUUAUCAAUAAUUGUAAGAUCCAAAUAACAAGUUUAUAAUCGGAGAUUGAAAUCAAUAUAAUCUUCGUGAAUGAAAUUUUUGAUGCUCUAUAGAAACAGGAAAAUGUGUUUUAUGCCAUUUGUCGCGUUUGUGCAUUGUUCUGCAAGUAAAUAGAGAUCAUUUUCUUGUAUCUGUAACAUCAUAAUAAUGAAUUAUGCUAUUUUUAAUCAUUGUAAACAAUCAAUAUUGUAUGUUCAAGGAACAUAAUGUUUAGAAGGCCUUGAUUCCGCGCCGCUUACUCAUUAAGAUAUACAUGAAAUCUGGCACUCUGCAGAGAAUGGUCAAA